GGGCGGCGGGGGCCGCGGUGCGGGGGGCAGGGCCCCGCGGGAGGCCGGCAGCUGUCUAGCUGAAUUGAGAAACGACAUGGCAUAAGAACAUAGUAUCUGAAGGCAAGGACAUCUAAGUACUCCAAGUGUGACCAUAAAAUAUGAUUCUUUGCCUGCUGCUCCAAAUUUCUUAAGUGCUUCUUUUGCCAUUUGGUCACCUGCCUUCAACUACAAUGCAACAAGCUUUAGAACUGGCUUUGGAUCGUGCAGAGUAUAUCAUUGAAAGUGCCCGUCAGAGACCUCCCAAAAGAAAGUAUUUAUCCAGUGGAAGAAAAUCUGUAUUUCAAAAACUCUAUGAUUUAUAUAUUGAAGAAUGUGAAAAAGAGCCUGAGAUAAAGAAGCUGAGGCGAAAUGUGAAUUUACUUGAGAAGCUGGUGAUGCAGGAGACGUUGUCAUGUCUGGUAGUGAACCUCUAUCCAGGAAAUGAGGGUUAUUCACUUAUGCUCAGGGGAAAAAAUGGCUCAGAUUCUGAGACCAUUCGGCUACCUUAUGAGGAAGGAGAGCUGCUUGAAUACUUGGAUGCAGAGGAGCUACCACCAAUUUUGGUUGAUCUUUUAGAAAAAUCUCAGGUUAAUAUUUUUCAUUGUGGAUGUGUCAUAGCAGAAAUACGUGACUAUAGGCAGUCUGGUAACAUGAAAUCUCCAACAUACCAAAGCAAACACAUCCUUUUGCGUCCUACAAUGCAGACUUUAAUUUGUGAUGUGCAUUCUAUAACAAGUGACAACCACAAAUGGACACAGGAGGACAAACUCUUACUUGAGAGCCAACUUAUUUUGGCUACAGCAGAGCCUUUGUGUCUUGAUCCCUCAAUAGCAGUGACCUGUACUACAAACAGACUCCUGUACAACAAGCAGAAGAUGAAUACUCGCCCCAUGAAACGGUGUUUCAAAAGGUACUCGAGGUCAUCUCUGAACAGACAGCAGGAAGUAGCUCACUAUCCCACUCCACCUCAGCUCAGACUACUUGACUACUUACAGAAAAGAAAGGAGAGGAAAGGAGCCCAGCAAUAUGACCUUAAAAUUUCUAAAGCUGGAAAUUGCGUAGAUAUGUGGAAACAGAACCCUUGCUACUUGACUGCACCUUCUGAAGUGGAUGUGGAAAAAUAUGCCAAAGUGGAAAAGUCCAUCAAGCCCGAUGACUCACAGCCAACUGUCUGGCCAGCACAUGAUAUAAAAGAUGAUUAUGUGUUUGAAUGUGAAGUUGGUAAUCAGCAUCAAAAAACAAAACUGACCAUUUUUCAGUCUCUUGGCAAUCCCUUGUACUAUGGUAAAAUCCAGACACUCAAAGGUGAUGAGGAAAAUGACAACCUAUUAACUCCCUCACAGUUCCUUAUUGGCUCAAAGACUGAUGCUGAAAGAGUGGUGAACCAGUAUCAGGAGUUAGUACAAAAUGAAGCUAAAUGUCCUGUGAAAAUGUUUCAUACUUCAGGUGGAUCAGUCAAUCUUAGUCAUCUUUCUCCAGGGAAGGAAAUGGAACCAGAAAGUAUAUCAGGCUCUGUACAGUCUUCUGUAUUGGGGAAAGGUGUAAAACACCGACCUCCUCCCAUCAAAUUACCUUCAAGUUCAGGAAGUAGCUCUUCAGGUAAUAUUUUUAGUCCACAACAGUCAAGUGGCCAUCUAAAAUCCCCCACUCCUCCUCCUCCUCCUUCUAAGCCUCCUGGUCUUUCUCGGAAACAAUCUAUGGAUCUCAAUCAAGUUAGCAUGCUCUCUUCAGCUGCCAUGUCUCCUGCAAGCUCUUCACAAAGAACAGCCUCCACCCAGGUCAUGGCAAACCCUGCAGGACUUAACUUCAUCAAUGUAGUGGGCUCUGUGUGUGGAUCACAGACACUGAUGAGUGGUUCAAACCCUAUGUUGGGGUGCAACACUGGUGCCAUAGCCCCUGCAGGUAUAAAUCUGAGUGGCAUUUUACCAUCAGGAGGUCUGGUACCAAGUGCGCUGCCCGCUGCAAUGCAGUCUGCCUCUCAAGCAGGCAGCCCCUUUGGUUUGAAAAAUGCAUCAAAUCUUCGGUCCUUAAAUCUUCUUCAGGGGUCUGACCAAGGUCCAUCCAAUCAAGAUCAGGCAUUAUCUGCCCAACAAGCUGCUGUAAUUAACCUGACUGGAGUAGGGAAUUUUAUGCCACCUCAGGCCACAGCAGUUGCGAUUCUUGCAGCAUCAAAUGGCUAUGGCAGCAGCAGCACAAGCAGCUCACCUGCGGCACCAGCAGCAUUCAGGCAGCCACUCAAAAAGUAAAAGGAAAAGAGGCACACCGGCCCCUCCAAAAUCCUGAGUUUUGGGGUUUUUUUCCCCUUCUAAAUAAUUGAUUCAGAGGGAAUUUUUUUUUUUUCAGAUUAAAAAGGAGAAAGCUUAAAAAUAAAUCAGUGUUUUACAUUACUGGUAGGAAAACAAACUAUCAAUGUUACACUGAAAUAACUGAACUGUUCUGGGGAGCCAACCCUGCAGACUCUAGAGAUUUCAUCUAUAAAGCAGCUAGUGUGUUGUUUCCUUAAGUCACUUUUUUUAACAGAACUUUAUCUCGUAUUUUUUACCACUCGGCAGCAUUGUACAUAGUACAAGGGUGAAAAACAUUUUAGAAAAAUGAACUUUGUAAAUGUAGUAUUGGUAUUUGUUUAUUUAGUACAAAAAGGUUUGUGAACACUGUAACAAAUAUAAUUUUUACAAAUCCA